AGGAAGAGAGGAAAUCAAAAUUAGGUUUCUCUUUUUUUUUUUCUAAUUUACAUCUGUGUGUUUCUCCUUCUCAAGCGCUUGGAACUUGAAAGAACUGAGACCGUACGUCUGGAAAAAAAUCUCUAGGGUUUUAAGCCGUUGAAACAGAUUAAAAGCCAAACUUACUCUCGAUCUUCAAAAAUCUAGGGUUAGGGUUUCCUUUCUGUUUUUCGCCAUUUUUAAGCUUCCUUUCUUUGAAUUUCUGUUUUCUCUUUUCUUUUUAUUGGAAUGACGCUCCUCAAUCUCUUCCGUUUUGAACCAUCCCUUUAAAUCCAUUUAUUCCUUUCGAAAUAUAGGUAAAGAAGCUCGAAUUCAAUAUUUGUUUAUAUAAAUAGGGGUAUAUGAGAUAAGACGGCGCCGUAUUUGAUGGACGAGAUCUGGGAGAGGGCGGUGGAGACAGCUUUAGACGGGCAAACGGACCACGCGGCGGCUCGAACCUUAACACUUGACGGUGCGGUGAAGUGCGUUCAGGGUCGCCUCCCACCGCCGAGUCUGUUGGAAAAAUUCGAGAAUCUUCAACAUCUUUCCAUCGCCAACAUCGGCGUUUCAUCUCUAGAACAGUUUCCUCGCCUCCGAAAUCUCCAGAAACUUAUCCUUUCCGAUAACAGAAUCGCUGGUGGCCUCGAGUUCCUCGUCGAAGCUGGCCUCGACUCGCUCCGAGACCUCGACCUGUCCAACAAUCGGAUUCAAUACAUCGAGGAUCUUGCCCCGCUUGCCCAGCUUAAGCUUGUCUCCCUCGAUCUUUAUGAGUGUCCGGUUACCAGAGUUAAGGAUUAUCGAUCUAGGGUUUUUGGGUUAAUAAAAUCGUUAAAAUAUUUGGAUAAAAUGGAUGCGGAGGAGAAUGAAAGGCCGGAGUCGGAUGAUGAGGAGGAAGAUGAAGAGGAGGACGAUGAAGAUGAUCCUGGGAGUGGGGAAAUCGACGGUGAGGAUAGGACGUACAGAAUAAAUAACGGGCAUAGUGAAGGAGGGGAAGGGAUUGUUGAUGUUGAUGAGGAUGAAGAGAGCGAUGCGGAUGAAGAAGAGACAGAGACAGGUAGAAGAGUAAAUGGGCAAAGCCAUGAGGCUAACGGGUUUCGGAUUGAGGAAGUACGGAGAGAUGAAGAUGAAGAAGAAGAGGAUGAUGAUGAUGAUGAUAAUGAUUCAGGUGAGGAAGUUGAUGAUGAUUAUGAGGAAGAUGAUGUUGUGGAAGUGCAUGAGAUUGAGGAUAGUGAUGAUGAGGAAGAUGGGGUAGAGGAUGAUGAGGAUGAUGACGACGACGAGGAUGAUGAGGAGGAAGAGGUAGAUAAUGAUGAAGGUGAUUUUGCUGAGCCGGAGAGUACUGGGCGUUUGACGAGCACAGAAGGGGAGAUUGAUGGGCAUGAACAUGGAGAAGAUGAUGGGGAUGACGAUGAUAAUGGUGAGACUGGUGAGGAAGAGCAAGGUGUUGAAGAUGAUGGGGAAUUUGAAGAUGAAGAAGAGGGUGAAGAUGAGGAUGAAGACUUUGGUGAAGGUUACCUGGUUCAACCAGUGGGCCAGGCUGAAGAACAUGAUGCUGGAGGUAGUGAUAUGGACCCAGGGAAUGAAGAAGAAGAUGCAGAAGAGGAGGAGGAAGUUGAAGAUGAUGAGGAAGUUCAGGUGCUGCCAUCGACUUCCCAUCUUAAGAGAAAGAGAAGUGAUGAUGCUGAGGACGGUGAUGGUGAGGAUGAUGAGGAGGAAGACGAUGUUGUUGAGUUUGCAAAGGCAUCGAAGAAGCAUCGUUAGCACUUUCUGAAUUUCCCGAGUUAGAUGUUUUAUUAAUGCUUAAAAAGCUUGGAAACAGGGGAAACUUGAUGUUAGAUUGGUUGAUAGAGUCAGUCUCGGUAGUGAUGUUGGCUGUGUUAUUGGACAAAUGUUUUAGGUGAAAAGGAAUUGUAUCUUGGGUGGUACAUGCCUUAGUUCGAAAAGUCGUUAGCCUUUUUCUCGCGCUUGCCCUUUCUUAUAUAGCCGUUACUAUUUGUUAAUUCAAAUGGCAGUUACGACGGUUUUACCGCCCAUGUUUAGCUCUCAGGAGUCGGGGGUCUUGUUUUUCUAAAGGGGAAGAAUGGAGGGAAAAGAGAACUUGAUAAAAAAUCUUUGUUUUUUCGUCUUUGGCCGAGGCGGGGGGUGGGGGGGGCGGGGGAGGGGUUUUGCUUCUUUUUUUUUUUUGAAAGAUUCAGUGAUAAAAACGAUUGUAGAUAGUUAUCAUCCUCGGCUCCCCCUAUUGAAACCAAGUGGGCUUCAGGCAAUUGACCAGCUCGGUACUUUAUUUAGCCCACAUGUCAAGCUGUAAUUGGUCGAAUGGUUUUUAUUUAUGAGCUGAAGCACGUUGGCCAUGUGGCUAUCAGGGCCUAGAGGAAGAGGUUGAUCGCUAAUAAGGAUCAGGUACUUUUUUUCUUUCGUCUCACGGUCAUGUGUGACAUGGGAUUGACAGAUUCUUUUCUGUGAAUACAUGAUGGUAUCGUUGAUUACCCUUCGAGCUCUCCCUUCUCUCAUUGUAAAGUUUCGCAUCUCUGUAGUUUACUUGUUGCUGGUAAAACCAACUGUUUCUUUUA